CUUGAGGAUGGCCGGCGGAGGAUUUGCGACAGCUCCGGCACAUGGAGUGGAGUUUGAGACAAAGAUUACUCCUAUAGUCAUCAUCUCCUGCAUCAUUGCCGCUACCGGUGGCCUCAUGUUCGGUUACGACGUUGGUAUCUCCGGCGGAGUGACAGCGAUGCCGGAAUUUCUGAAAAAGUUUUUCCCGGUGGUCUACGGGAGAGUGAAAUCCGGCGCCAAGAAACACAACUACUGCGAAUGUGACAACCAAGGACUACAACUCUUCACAUCAUCUCUAUACUUAGCCGGUCUAACCGCAACGUUCUUCGCUUCAUAUACGACGAGAAAGCUCGGACGAAGGCCAACCAUGCUCAUAGCUGGCAUGUUCAACAUCGUCGGUGUGGUUCUCAAUGCUGCGGCACAAGACUUAGCCAUGCUUAUUGCAGGUAGGAUACUGCUUGGUUGUGGAGUUGGGUUUCCUAAUCAAGCCGUCCCGUUGUUCUUGUCGGAGAUCGCACCUACUAGGAUCCGAGGUGGUCUUAAUAUUCUUUUUCAGCUUAACGUCACUAUUGGUAUCCUCUUCGCCAAUCUUGUAAACUAUGGGACCGCCAAGAUCGAAGGCAGAUGGGGAUGGAGGCUGUCACUUGGUUUGACGGGAAUCUCGGCGCUUCUACUGAUUGUGGUAGCUUUAUUGGUGAUAGAGACGCCUACCAGCCUCGUCCAAAGAGGUCUUCUCGUUGAAGGAAAAAACGUUCUCCGUCAAAUUCGAGGAACCGUUAAUGUUGAACUAGAGUUCACCAAUCUCCUCGAAGCUAGCAGUCUUGCCAAAGAAGUUAAACACCCUUUCAGAAACCUUUCUCAAAGCCGGAACUGGCCUCAGCUCCUAAUCGCCAUUGCUUUGCAGAUUUUCCAGCAAUGGACUGGAAUCAACGCCAUUAUGUUCUACGCUCCUCUUCUUUUCAGCACUUUAGGCUUUGGCAGUGACGCGUCUCUCUACUCUGCAGUGCUCACCGGUGCAGUCAACGUCCCAUCUACUCUAGUCUCUAUCUACUUCGUUGAUAAAGUCGGUCGUCGUCCUCUUCUCCUUGAAGCUGGAAUCCAAAUGUUCUUUUCUCAACUCGUGAUCGCAAUUGUCCACGGCAUCAAAGUCACAGACCACUCUAACAGUCUUUCCAAAGGGUUUGCGGUUCUGGUUGAGGUGAUGAUCUGCAACUAUGUAGCUGCUUUCGCUUGGUCUUGGGGACCGCUCGGUUGGCUAAUCCCUAGUGAGAUUUUCCCUCUUGAGACACGUUCCGCGGGACAGAGUGUGUGA